AUGAAGGAGAAAAAAGUUUCCGAGUACAUUAUCUACCGCGAAAUAGUCAAAAAAUUACUUAUAGUCGUGGGUCUUUGGCCAUAUGACAAUCCAAAUAUAUUUUAUAACUGCCUACCGCACAUACAGAUACUCAUAAACUUUUUUUUAUGCUUCGGGAUGCUUGGGUUCGUGCAAAAAAAUUUUACAAACAUCGAUCUUGUUACUAAAGGGAUGAGCAUAAUGAUAAGUCUCAUGUCCACGAUCAUAAAGGUUGCGUGCUUCAUAGCAAACAAGGAUGACGCAAUCCAACUGCACAAAAAUCUCGAUCCAUAUUUCACGAGACUUUUGCAAGAUUCAGAACUACCAAAAUUUGUUUUAAAAAGAUUUUCAGUUGUUAAAUAUUUAUCUGCUGCAUUUACUUUCAUUGUUACAUUGUCAUGUGCAAUGAGACUUAUUAUUCCAUUGAAUAUUGUCAUAAAACAACUUAAAAAUAAUAUCCAUCCGGUGAGAUACCCGCUGCUUUUUCCCAGUGUGUUUCCGUGGAAAGUGACACCCGAUAGUUAUAUUUAUGAAAUUGAGUUCGCGAUAGAAUCAUUUGCAGUUGUGACACUGUGUUUUAUAACUCUGAGCGUCGACUGUCUUUUUACGUUUUAUGUUUUUCAAAUGAUAGGUCAAUUGCGCGAGAUUUCGUAUUGUUUCAAAAAUUUAACCGAAGAAAGUGACAGCCAAAGUAUUCUACGGAAAUGCAUUGGCCAGUAUCAAAUAUUGAUAGAAUCAAGAGACAUGUUACAGCGGCUAUAUGGUCCCAUUGUGUUGUGGAUCAUGGUUACGAAUGCUGUUAUUAUGUGUACAAUUGCUUUUCAAACAACGCAGAUGGAAAGUAUUUCUUUCGGACGUGGGCUACUAAUUUUCACAUGGAUAGCACUCAAAGUACUACAGACCUUCAUGUAUGCUUGGAGCGGAAGUUGCCUCACCUUAGAAUCUGACGAAUGUCGAGAUUCUAUUUACGCUUGUGAGUGGUAUGGAAACAAACGUCUCAUGACAUCGAUAAUAAUUAUUUUGUCCCAACGACCGCUAAUUUUGACAGCUUGCAAUUUUUCGGUCGUCUCAGUUGAAAUUUUUCAAAUGGUUAUAAACACAACUGUUUCGUACUUUUUCCUCCUCCAGACUCUCGAA